CAAGAAGAUUUAAUCAACAUGGGCUGGGCAAGCAGCCUACUCGCCUUCGCCCGCGAUGAGCGGGUAGUUCUUGUGAGCCUAGGUCUUGCUACUUUUGGUCUUGUUAGUACUAUAAUUACUACACUUACAUACAUCCGCGACGAAAACGAGAUCCCUCCAGCACAGCCAAAGACCCAAUACAUCACGCAGGACACAGAGGAUUCUUUAGAACUCGAGACCCUCGAGAAGCUUCUAGACCAUCCAAACUAUUCAAUCAGGGAUAUUGCCAUAAAGAUUCUUUGCGAUCGGGCUAUCAACGACCGCGAGACACUGCAUUCCUUGCUUUUUGGCAUUACACGGCCAGACUACGAUGAGCGUAUGAAGUGUCUUCGGGCACUGGCCCUGCUUACGGGGCAGACACUUGGUCUGGAUGGGCUGUCCAAGUUGAACAACCCCAAAGGCUAUUCCGCCCUUGUGAGGUCCCUCGAGCUUAGCUUGGACGAUGUUGAGCGACCAGAUCUCACCGACAGCCACUGGGACGAGUACUACCUUCGCGAUAUGGCCGAGAGGUUUUGUCUCAUGUUCAUCCUUGAGCUCACCAACAAGUAUGGUUCUCGCGACCUGAUUAAGGCGCGGUUCGUCGAGAAAUGGCUAGCAAAGCAGGAAUGGGGGACUGACCCCGAGGAGAGACGACAAAACUUCAAGAACUACAUGGACCUCAAGAGCAAUCGGAUCGUCGAGAUCGUGGAUAGAAUCAAGGAUGAGAGGCGUGGACGUAAGGCGUUGGAAAAGGCAGGGUUGGUGGAUUGGAAGGAGAGCAUGCGGACCAUCUUUCGUAAGACCCCAGAGGCCACCAUGGAUAUCCAGGAGGAGGCUGCGGACGGCGCCCUCGCCGAGCAGCAGAUUCCUCGCACCCGAGAGCAUUCGGCCGAGGAGCAGCGACUUCGACGACAGCAUCGAGAGGCGAUGGUGCUCAACGACGGAACUCGACCACUGGGCAGAGAGGACAUAAUCGAACGGGAUCACGGUUCACCGACCUAGUGAGCGAGGAAUCGACAGAAGAAUAUCAACCAGGCCGUGGCACCAAGAUUGCCAGCCAAAGACCCAGCGCGGCGCCGAGGUUGUCGUUAUAAAGGUAGCGCAUAGAAGCGCGGCCUUUCAGACAGCGAGCAGAAGAGGUCGCCAACUGUUACUCCUACCUACGCCCAGGUCAAUCACCUAGGGCAGCAUAGCAGACGCAUACUCCGAGAGGCGCCCCACGAACAUUUUGCAGCCUCGAGACAGGCUUCAUGGAACAGUAUCGGGGUCCAGACAUGACCAAAGUUAGGUCUAUUGCUAGAAAGUCAUUCGCGCUCAGCGCUACCAUACUUCACUAUUCUUAAUGGCGCUAUAUUUAGUCUCG